CAGUAGUCGCAGCAGUUGCAGGUGACCCGAGACGUAACCACAGACAACACAGAGACGAGUGUCACUAGGUGCAGAUACCGGCAUGAUUUCAACUGGCACAAGUUCCUGGAAACAGCCAAGUGAAAAUACGUUCCACCAUCUUGUUCAUUAGCUAGUUACACACGGACCCGGUUUCUCAAGACGACGUGAUCUGUCAGUCUUUCCAAACACCAUCUGCCAAAUAACCACCACGUCCGAUGUUGACAGAAAGCAGGAAGCGCAGGCGAAGCAGUGACAGUGAAGGCGGUCAAGUCCUCCCCCAGGCGAAGAGGCCUGGCGGGGGCAACGCCCUUCUGCCCGACCUGGGGCGUGACGCCUGGGACUCAGAGUCGUCCAGCAGCGACAGCAGCGGCAUCAGCAGCCCAGAGCGUCUGGCAGGAGCCAGUGGCGGCAGCAGCAGCAGCAGCAGUAGUCUCGGCAGCAUGAAGGCCUUCGGCGCGGACGGCGGAGGCCGAGGGAACUACAUUACCCAGGCUCCCUGCAGCCCGGCGACCUCCUCGAACCCGGGUGACGAGCCGCUGCACGCCAUGAGCUACCACGACAUCAACCGCGUCCUGCGGGAGGCCCACUUCGCCAGCCUGAGGACCAGGAGCCACCCGGGCGCCACAUGACUGCCCGCCGCCGCUGCCCCCCUCCGCCUGCCCACCCAACCCCCACGCCAGUCAACCCCUCAUGGGCAUUAAACAGCAGCCAGGCCCCCUCUGAGGACCGACUGGAGGGACAUCAUGGGUACUUUUCCACCUCUGCCCGACCACCAUCACCCCCUAGCACGUCCACCUCCACCUCCACAUCCACCCUGUCCCACUCCAUGCACACACCAUGUUAAGUGUGGUUGUGUGUGUGUGUGAGAGAGUGAAAGAGUUAGUGUGAGUGAACUACCUUUCUGUGGCUUGACUACUUUGCCCCUACCUGCCCCCCCCCAAUCUCCCCACUCUUCCUAUAAUUUUUUUUUAACAUGUCCAUAUGUGAGGGAGGGGGGGGGUUGACCUUUUUUGUGUGUUGGAUAUUGUAUCCACUUGGGUGCUACAUAAAAGAAAAAGAAAAAUGAGAAUGACGCUUGCAAUAAUAAGUCUACAUGUUUAUUUCAGCAGUUUUCUUGCCCAGGCUAGUAAACUCAAUGCAAUGGAAAAUCUUGAAGUGAACUGGUAGAACUGGUAUUGACAUUAGACACGAUUAACUUCUUUUGUCAGUGGGUCUGCAGCUCGCCAUAAGGUAACUAUUUCACAGAUGAGGAGAGUUUCAGAAAUGUUUGGGCAAUAUCAACAUAGAGUACACACAGGUAAGGAGAAUUUUGGAAUUGUUUGACAAGAUCAACAUAGGAAUUGGAUUUGGUUCCUUCUUUGGUUCUCCUGCUUGAUUCUCCUGUUGAACAGCCUAGGCAAGCUAAAGAGGGCCCUUAUUUCGUCAACAGGAACAAAAAUCGCCUCACUGAGGGACCUCAAUACUGUAUGCACCUCAGAAGCGCACACACAAACAUGUAGUCUCCGUUUCAUGAACCUCCCAUUACCCCCCACCUCCUCUUCUCCCAUCCAUGAUGGUGUGUUUGCGUUUCCCCUUUUAAAACGGAGAAACAGGGAUUUUUAGCUGUCGUGGCGGACUGCUUUCAGAAAAUGACCAAAAAAAAAAAAAAAAAAAACAAAAAAAAAAAAAAAAAAAAAAAAAGCAGUGUUCCACUUUAGUGUCUCGAGCCAGCCUAGGAGAUGAAAGCACAGGUGACAGACCGACAGACAGAAAGA